CUUUGAGCCUCCCCGGAAGAUGUGGCCUGCCUUGUGUACAGAUCUGAGCAGAGCGUUUGUAGAAAGGAAGUGGCUGUCCUGUACUGGGGGCUGAGAGGAAGGGAAGGCAUUAGGUCUGAUUGCAAGCUUCUCUUUCUCCCUGUUGCCUGAUCUCUGUGUGCAUAGUGCUGGUAAUUCUAAAUGAGGAGUAUGCCAGGGCAGGUUGGUGCAAAUUAAAUUUCGUUAACUAAUUUCAGUUAUUUGGACCUUUUUCUCAUUGUGAUUUGGUGGUGGUUUUAUUAUAGCAGACUACUGCAAUUAGAUAGUCCUUUACAUAUUUUUCUAAUCUUAACAGUAAUGAAAAAUAGUAGCAUCAGCAUUUUUGUUGGCCUAUUGCUCUUUAGGAUUUAGUACAUGAGAAGAGGCACUCUGUAAACUUGUUGGAGCUGAAGCAUCCUGUCUCACUUGAUGAAACCUUGUCAUUUUUUACAACUGGUACAAUUCUGGUGCAUUUGGUGUGGGACACUGAAAGAGUAAUGCAGCCAAGGAGAUAGGAUUUAAAGAUUUGCACUUGCUUUAUGUGAUUUUUCUGUUACGUUCACGUUUUCUUUAAAAUACAGAGGAGAAUUUUCCCUAAAGUUAACCCCAGGAAAUUAAUCUCUAGUGUAAGUAAGGCUGGUAGUAUCACCUGUUGUUAAGUCAGACUGAUCAUUUGCAUUAGGAGGCCUUACUACUUUUAGGUGUUCAUAAAUCUACCACAUUCUGAAUGUGUGUUUCAGUUAUUUCUUACAUGGCACUUGCUAUGUAUUUCUCCCUGGAACCUAUUCGGUCAUCUCCAAGAAUUUGUCCAUCCCCAUCUCUGACUUCAGCUCCCACACCCCGGAGAAUUGCUUUCGAGGUCAAAGCCAGCCCAGAUGACCAUCAGGCCAGCACCUCAGGGCUGCUGGAGGGCAUCAUGGCUUUCUUCAGAACAUGAACACGUUUGCAUCUGGGACUGAGUGCCUGUAUUGAGAGUGGAUGUUUGGUGCUUGCUUACUGCGACCUGUCCUGAGGUCAGAGAAUCACAAAAAGCAGCAGUUUUAAAAGCGUGUGGCCAGGUGUUGAAUCUGGAGGGGAUUAUGGAGGAGGAGAGGCUGUGCCUAGAGAAGUGUCAGGAAGGAGGGAAACUGAGAGGAAGGUUGGUAAAGGACUGAGGGAUUUAUCUUUAUGGGUUAUUGUGGACAAAGACGAGCAAGCUCGGUGUUAAAAGCGGGUGGGAUGUAAGCCAGCUCUGAUCCAAAAGCUGCCUGACUGCAUUAGCACGGUGCUAAGCCCAAGCUAAUAUAUCCGGCUUCUCACCAGGGCUUAUUAGCUCGGGCUCAGUGCCAUACUAACAUAGUCAUAGGACUUCCAGUUGGCUGGACACCAUGUCUGCUUCAAGUGUGAAUGGUGCUCAGCGCUGCGUGUCUGCUGAGGAGCACCAGGACGGGCCUGGAGACCUGCCUGCACCUUGAUGUUCCUCAGAUGCUGAAGAUCAGGGCAGGUGGGCAUGGGGAAUGCACCUCCUCACAGAUCAGGAGGAAAAAGGAGUGAUGCUGAGGAACCAGGAGGAGAUGAAAGCUGGUGGGAGCACCCACACAAGGAGCCUGGGAGAGGGAGAUAGGAGUGACUGGAAAGGGAAAAAUUACAGGAGUGGACGGAAAGAGAAGAUGAGGACUUGGUGGGCAAGGAAUCUGAUCAGAAGUCUGUGCUGAGGUAUGGAAGAUGGGAUGAGACUGGAAGAGAAAAAGGGAGGAACAAACUCCACACCAAGCCUGGAAUGCAACCAAGAUUCCUGAAACGAGUUGUUUCUCUGCUUCCAGCAAGCCACCUAGGGAAACCCACCAGCAAAGUGUCCUGUCCCAGUGCCAGUGCCAACCUUUCAAAGAAAAAAAGCAUAUCAUUGCUCAGAUGGCUCUGCCAGCUGCCUUGGCAGAGCUCUGUCCAUGGCAGACAAGUAUCCCAGCUCCACUAAUGAUCUGUGCAGGUGUCGGUGUGAUGCCAGGUCACAGGUUCUCCAGUUUUGCUAGUUGCAGUUUUAAAAAUCAAGGAACUGCAGAAAAAAAAAUGUGGAAAAAAAUUACUUAAGCUCCAAGCUCCAGUUCUCCAGAGUUUAGGUUGCUUGCCUAACCUCACUUUGAUCCUCUUAUGCAUUAUGAUACAGUUUUUACUCAUAUAAUUACUUUUUUGCCAGUUACUUGCCUCGUUCAAGCAUCAGGCAAGCUUGCUAGGGGAGGUGAAUUGGAGUGGUGUAAUAAAAUGUUGUCUAUAAGACACCUCUUGCCCCCAUUUCCUUUGUUGUGACAUAAAGAGGUGAAGUGGCAGCUGCAGGAAGAAAUGUUGCUCUUCCCCAGGGCAGAGGACCUUUACUCCUAGGAGCUCAGUUCUAUUUCUGCCUAUGAUUCUGACUAAGAUUCAUGGCAGUUCAAUUCCACAAAGUGUUUUGCAUGUGGUCAUCAGUGUUGACGUUUUCUGGGUGCUUCAUUUGAAGGCCUGCAAAUCAAGAGCCAUCACAGAUGGCAGUAGGAGAAACACUUCGAACUGAGAAAGUAACACACAGUUGCUGAGUAAAUCAGCUGCUGCAUCCCCAAAUUAAUGUAUACUUCUGAUGUCAAUGUUGUCAUAUCUCCAUUCCUCUUCCGCUGAGUGGCAAUAGCAAUAAUACCUUCAUCCGUAUAUGGAGGAGAGACUGUGAAAAUCAGACUAGUCAUUAUUUGAUAUUUGUGAGGCAUUCAAGGAGUGCUGUUGUGAAGAGCAAGCUGGAAAAAUACAAGGCUACAUUGGUUAGUUUGCCUUCCGUUCAGAUGGUCUGUAGUAGAAGGAAGGCACUGGGCCUGUCAAGGAGGAUGAGAAUGGAAAAAGUUUGGAAGAUGACUUUUUGAAAUCAGUACUCUUCUACCUAAGCACUGAAUCAGGAAGAGAUCUGGUGGGAAAAAGAAAAUAGUGCUUCCUACGCGAGGAGGGCAGAACGAAGCUUCUGUUUGUAACUCUCCACUCAGUAUCAUCUUCUAACACUGGGAAGGGCUUACACCAGAAAAGCCUCCAUUGUCUAUAGUUUUGGAGCAUUUGUCUUGCUGUGCAAAGCAUGCCAUCUUAGUGAAGCUGUCAUCUUGCGAGGCGGAAGGCUCACGCUGGGUUUUAUAGAACCUUGACUCAGCUUCAGGGAAGGAGGAAUGAAGAAGCAGAAGAGUGAAGUGGCAGCUGAAACCCUCCUUUCUCUGUGUUUGAGCAAUCUGUGCUCUUAUGAAACCUUUUGAAAUCUCAGUUGCUGAUGUCUUUCUGACCCCCAAAAUUAUUCUUGUGCAAAUGUUGACACCCAGCAGAGAUGAAAUCAUUGACUUAGGAAAACACGUCCAGCUUAUCAGAAGCUGCAGGAUUCCAGCAACGUACUGGCAACACCGGCCUUUGUUUUUUCUCUUUCCUUUUAAACAUUUGCAGUUAGUAGACAAGUGGCAUUCUGAAUUGGGCUGUGCGUAUCUGAGGGAGCAGAGUAGUUUUUCAGUUCAUACGGAGCUGAGCCCAUGUCUCUUGGGUUCAUGGUUUUGUGUUCUGAUCUUCUACUCGUGAAUUUUCUGUGAGCUUACGAUUUUGCUCUGUUCACUAAUUUUACGUUGACAGUUUUAAUUACACACUCGUGGAGUGUAUAAACAGAACAAGGACUAGAUAUGACCCAGAAGUGGGUCUCAGUGCAAGCAGGCACAUUUUCCAAUUGAGUGCAGGCUUUGUGUAAAUCUUCUUUGUGGUUUGGACCUGUAGCUCACCAAAAUCAAAGAACACCAACGUUUCUCCAUUGACCACCUUGUCAGCCAGUCCUUUAUUGUUGAUUUCUUGCUGAUUCUGAUGCCAAACUUCUUUGUUUUGAUUGCUGAAGGAAAGUGAACUGAAUGUGGGUGGAAAAAAAAAACAUCUAAAGAACAUCUAAAAGCCUUGUCUUCCCAUGUCAUGCCAUUAGACAACAGGCAAGGAAAAAUUGCAGCUAUUACAAACCAUUGAUUCAUGGACACAUGUAAAGCCAGGAGAUGCCUUUAACUUCAUUUUAUAUCUCAGAUUUUUAGGGCUAUUAGGUAAUUCCAAAAAGAAAAAAACCUGUUUAUAUGGGGUUGAGGUACUGCUGUGCAAGAGGAGGGGGCAGCCCUCUAGUAAACCGGCAGAAACCCACCAUAGUCUCCUUGGUCCGAUUCGGAGUUCUGCUGUUCAGAGUUUGGGUUUUUGCUUUUUAAAUUAAAGGCGUGGCCGAAUGUUCAUUUUCCCUAUGAUAAAAGCACUGUAAAAAUAGGUACGAAACAGCUCUUGUGCAAUGUUGUAAUUUACCUUUAUUUUAAACUGGCUUACACAUCUUAAUACAUUAUGACAAUCAGAAUUAUCAGGCCACCAGGCGGAGAGGAGUUUGUUUUGUUAAUUGCUCUUGUUAAGCCUAAUUACGGAACGGGGUGGAGUGGAUGUGGAGGGGAGGGAGGGAAUUCUCAAAUCCUCGGAGCGGUUCCAGGCAGUGCGUGUCGGGGAGUGAGGGCGCGGGUGCGUGCUGUGCGUGCACGGGUGUGCAGCGCUGGGGUGCGCGGUGCCGGGCGGAUGGCUGGCUUUCCCUUGGACUAACAUCCCAAGAUGCGUGAGCUGGAGGUGGGGAGCCCGCUCUGUGGGGACACAUGAAGGCUGCUACACGGUGUAGCUCGGACGCUGUGAGUUUCAAGAAUCUGGUGAAAGGGAGAGAGUGGACAAUGAAAAUGGACAUGGAGGAUGCUGACAUGACCCUGUGGACGGAGGCUGAUUUCGAAGAGAAGUGCACGUACAUCGUCAAUGACCACCCGUGGGACCCCAGUGCCGAUGGAGGCACCCUCACUCAGGCGGAGGCUUCCUUGCCAAGGAACUUGACUUUCAAAUACGCAUCAAACUGCAAAGAGGUCACUGGAGUUAUAAGCAAAGAGUACAUCCCAAAAGGAACACGCUUUGGACCCCUGGUAGGAGAGAUCUAUACCAGCGAUACGGUUCCCAAGAAUGCGAACAGAAAAUACUUUUGGCGGAUCUAUUCAAGUGGUGAGCUUCACCACUUCAUUGACGGAUUUAAUGAGGACAAGAGCAACUGGAUGCGUUAUGUAAACCCUGGCUACUCAGUUCAGGAGCAGAACUUGGCAGCCUGUCAGAAUGGAAUGAACAUCUACUUCUACACUAUCAAGCCCAUCCCUGCCAACCAAGAGCUGCUUGUGUGGUAUUGCCGAGACUUUGCAGAGAGGCUGCACUAUCCCUCCUCCAGAGAGCUGACAAUGAUGAACCUCACACAAACCCACGUUAAUCCAAAGCAGCACAGUGCUGAUAAAGAUGAGCUCUAUCAGAAGAGCGUCCCAAAGAAGGAGCACAGUGUGAAAGAAAUCCUGAAAAUGGAAUCCAGUCCUCCAAAAGGAAAAGACUUCUUCCAAACCAACAUUUCACCGGUUACUCCAGAAAAGGACUUGGAUGAUUUGCGUAAGAACUAUAGCCCAGAGAGGUGUUUCUUCCCUCGAGUUGUCUACCCGAUCCGACCUCACAUUCCAGAAGACUAUCUGAAAGCUUCCUUAGCAUAUGGGAUGGACAGACCCAGCUACAUUACUCACUCACCCAUCCAGUCAUCUACUACACCAAGUCCUUCUGGGAGGAGCAGUCCAGACCAAAGUUUAAAAAGUUCAAGUCCUCACAGCAGCCCAGGGGUCACAGUUUCACCUCUGGCACCGACUUCCCAAGAGCACAGAGAGUCAUACUCAUACCUGAACGGAUCCUAUGGCUCAGAAGGAUUGGGUUCUUACCCUGGAUACGCCCCCCCUAGCCACCUCCCAUCUGCCUUUCUACCAUCCUAUAACCCCCACUACCCCAAAUUUCUGUUACCUCCGUUUAAUAUGAGCUGUAAUAACCUGAGCGCUUUGAACAAUAUCAAUGGCAUCAACAAUUUCAAUCUCUUCCCACGGAUGUAUCCCCUUUAUGGCAACCUGCUCAGUGGAGGUAGCCUUUCCCACCACAUGUUGAACCCCACCACGCUCCCCAGCUCAUUGCCCAGCGAAGGAGGCCGUCGAUUGCUGCAGCCCGAUCAUCCAAGAGACUUCCUCAUACCAGCACCUAACAGUGCCUUCUCUAUCACGGGCGCUGCUGCCAGCAUGAAGGACAAGCCAUGCAGCCCCACCAGCGGGUCACCCACAGCUGGUACAGCAGCCAGUUCAGAACACAUAAUGCAACCUAAACCUACCUCAGUGGUGUUGGCUGCCACCGGCGGUGAAGAAGCCAUGAAUCUCAUUAAAAGCAAGAGGAAUGUGACUGGUUACAAAACCCUCCCAUACCCACUGAAGAAGCAGAACGGGAAGAUCAAGUACGAAUGCAACGUUUGCUCCAAGACCUUUGGCCAGCUCUCCAAUCUGAAGGUGCACCUCCGAGUACACAGCGGAGAGAGACCAUUUAAAUGCCAGACUUGCAAUAAAGGCUUCACACAGCUGGCUCACCUCCAGAAGCACUAUCUGGUACACACAGGAGAGAAGCCCCACGAGUGUCAGGUUUGUCACAAGCGGUUCAGCAGCACCAGCAAUCUCAAAACCCACCUGCGGCUCCACUCUGGAGAGAAGCCUUACCAGUGCAAGCUGUGCCCAGCCAAAUUCACCCAGUUUGUGCACCUGAAGCUGCACAAGCGUCUCCACACCCGGGAGCGUCCCCACAAAUGCAUCCACUGCCACAAGAGCUACAUUCACCUCUGCAGCCUCCAGGUCCACCUGAAGGGCAACUGCCCUGUCGCCCCCGCCUCCGGCCUCUCGAUGGAGGACCUGAACCGAAUCAACGAGGAGAUUGAGAAGUUCGACAUCAGUGACAAUGCCGACAAGUUGGAAGAGGUGGAGGACAAUAUCGACUUAACGUCCAUCGUGGAGAAGGAUAUACUGACCGUGCUCAGAAGGGAAAUGGAAGGAGCUAAUCUCAAAGUAUCUUUACAGAGGAACCUGGGAAAUGGACUUAUCUCCUCAGGAUGCAACCUUUACGAGUCUUCAGAUAUGUCAAUUAUGAAGUUGCCUCACAGUCACCCGCUACCUCUGUUACCUGUAAAGGUCAAGCAAGAAACAGUUGAACCAAUGGACCCUUAAGACUUUUUGGCAAAGUGAUUUUUUUAUUUAUGACUUGGCAAGUCAGGGUGCCUGUAGCAGUUGCUUGUACAUAGUUUCAAUGCUGCAAAGCAAUCUUGGCUUACAGUAGUUUCCCUACGCUCUCCAGCUGAAAGAAGGAACUCCAAAGUUACUGUUUUCUCAGGGCAUAAAAAGAGGCAAAGGACUGCGUGUUGCCUCGCCAGUUACUAAAAGACAAUCAUCUAUCCAUAAUUAUUUUUUCAAUGAUAGUACUUCAUAAUUUAUUAUGCAAUUUAUCAUUCUAAAAGCAAUAAUUAGAAAAAUGUUUACAAUGACUGGGAAAUUCAUUGUAAUUUUUACUUUAAGUGUUUUUAUUUUUUGUUUUAUGGCCAUUCUUCAUUGAGUUUUUUUUCUGCACAUCUGUUUUAAGAACCUAAGAUUGGGGUUUCAGUAACCAUGUUUUAUGUACCAAUGUCUUUUAAACAAAUGUGUUUUUUUCUAUUGCCAAAGUUGGACAUUGACAUACAGAAUCCUAGAUCAGUCAGACUGAAAAAAAUGCUGGGUACUUUUAUGUGCAAAUCACCCCAUUGGGAUCGAAAAGGAGAAGAAAAAAAAAGAAAAGGUAGCAGCAAGCAGAGAAGAAACUGCUGCCCCGGCCUCUCUGAGGGCAGGAGAGGUUCUUCUACCUGCAGCUCUACCCAGAACAGAUGUGACACAGCAAACACCUGCAUGGACGAUACCGUAGGUUUUUAGAGAACAGCGAUAGGCCCACACCUUGUCACAUAACUUUAUGACCAAAGGAACGCAUCAGCUUAAAGUGGCUCUUCCAAAAUAAUAUAUCACUUACAUGCUUUUGUUUCCAACAACGGUUUAAAAGCAAACACACCAAUAUUCUUAAUAUUCUGCCUCAAGGGAGAUUUUCGGCAGAAUUCUUUCUUUUCUCCCUCUUUUUCUUGUUUUGUUUGUUUUUGGCCAGAGCCUUCCAAGGAUACAAAAAACAGUCAGACUCCCUGAGAAAUAAGGGGUUUGGUCUUACAUGUGUUUUUCUCACCCGCUUUGCCUGGGUGUAGAAGUGGGGAACAAAGUCCUUUUCUGGCACAUACAUAUUUUUUCUUUCCUUCCUGUACAACUCAGAUUUUUCUCAGUAUUUGUGUUUGUACAUUUUGUGGUUAAUUUAAUUAAAGAAGAAAAGGGCAUUGCAAAGUUGUUGAACAACAAUUACCUCAGUGCUUGUGUCCAGUGGUGCAGACAAUGCUGUUUUAUCUAAAUGCUUUGCUACUUUAGAGAAGAAACCAAAAUGUGCACAGGGAAAGAUAGAAUGCACGUCCUUUAUCUUUUUGUUUUGCUAAGCCCAAAGAUGAUAUGGUGACAUUUGAGGUGUAGCAAAGAGUACAUGUAUAUUUAUAGAUAUAUUUAUACCACUAUACUAUAUAUGUAUAUGUAUAUAUAUUUAUACCACUUAAGUUGUGAGCCAAACCAUGUAAUAAAACCUAUUUUUCAUCUAAGCGUGAAAAUCAAAUGUUAUCCAGUUUUGCAUAUUACCAAUGACCUCAAAACCAAAAGGUUGUACAAAGGCAUUUAUCGCUUGCAAGUACACAUGCAGGGCUGUCUUUGCAGGGCCCGAACUUGCAAACGCCUGAUGUGAAAAACGUCACUCACAUGGGGAGUCUGGGCAAAGUCAGGGGGAGGAACCGUGUCUGCAGGACUGGGGUCCUCAGUGCCCUGCUCUCCUGGCAGUGUGUACUGGGGGGAAAAGAGGCGGGUGGGCAGUGAACGAGCAACCAGAAAACUUAACCAAAAGAACCCAAAAAGAAGCCAAAUACUACGCAUGCAUGGUGUGAGUGCAGAGCACAGUGAAGGGUAGGCUGAAAGUCAGUGGGGGCGAGCUGUAGUGAGCCCCCCAGUCUCAUUAUAUCCUGCCAUUAACAAGUUGCAUCAUCAACUCGCAUCAAUUUCAGUAGCAUUAGCACAGUCUUCCCCUCCAGGUGCAUCUUUUUGUCUGUUUCUAUUACAAAUUGUAAGGUCUCCCACUUCAUCAAUCCAGGAUUUGGUGAUAUUUUUUUCCCUGCAGAACUUUAUUUUAAUGCCUUUGGUUCAACAAUCCCAACAUACACACAGCUUUUGAAGGACUACAGUUCAUUACAUUUCCACUCCUGCAACUUGUGAGGCUGACAUCUUUUAAAUGUAGCAAUAGUUCAUAAAUAUAGUACGUACUUGUAGGAUAAACCAAAGUAUCAUUACUCUGUCACUGGACACUCACUUUUCCUAUAUUUGCCUGUAGUGCUUUCUUGUAUUUGAUACAAAUUUUACAAGAAUUUAUAUGCAUCAGCUUUAAGAAUUGUUACUUCUCUUUACUGUUUCCCCCUUCCCUUAGAAGUUUUACAUGUGAAUGUAGCAACAAUCAACAGUGUUUUGGGGUUUGUUUUUUUUUUUUUUUUUUUUUUUUUGUCUCUCUUAAGAAAGACUCUGACCAAAGUUAACAGGCUUUUUACUUUGCUAGAACAACAAACUAUCAUAUGUUUACGUAUUGGUUUACAUCAUUAUUUAUGUGCAAAUUGUCAAAUGUAAAUUAAAUAUAAGUGUUCAUUGCUUUA